CGGCCUGGGGGGAGGGCGAACAUCGCUUCAGAAAUGAACAACUUUUUACGAGACGUUCUCGAUCAGAAUUUUCCGAUAUGAAAGAGGAUGAUCACAGCUCACAACGGAGACAAUCACUGGAAAGAGCAACAGAACUUCAGAACAACAGAACAGCAAUCAGUCCGACUCUGAACGGACAAAGAUUGAUCGAGUUCCGGCUCGGCCAGGAGGGCGACUCGAAUCGAGGGGAGGGACUGGAGGUCGCCUCCGCCGAACUCAUGGUGCGCGCCGAGACGGUGCCCCAUGCGCGGCACCUGCGCUAUACGCUGUGGGCCUUCACCGUCGGAGACAACGCGACCGUCGGCGCGCUCGCCGGCGCCACGAGGAGGGAUGCGGCGCGCGCUUGGCAGCGGCUCGAUGUGACCGCGGCUGCGCAGCGCUGGGCCGCCGCCGGGGCGCUGACGCCGCUGCGUCUGCUGUUGGACUGCAGCGGGUGCGGCGGCCGCGUGCGCCUGCGGCUGGGCGGCGGACAGGCGGCGCGGCCCUUGUUGCGUCUUCGCCUGAUGCCGCCGCCCGCUCGUCGUCGACGGGCGCUGGACUGCGACGGGUCGGAGCAUGGCCGGUGUUGUCGACAGACCUACUACGUGAGCUUCCGCGCGCUCGGGUGGGACGACUGGAUCGUCGCGCCAGAGGGCUACUACGCCAACUACUGUCGUGGGGCCUGCGCGCCCUUCCUCAACUACCACUCGCAAGUGGUGGAGGCGGCGCGGCUCGAGCGCGCCGCGUGCUGUGCGCCUGUGCGCUUUUCGGCGCUGUCGCUCAUCUACUUCGGCGCCGACUCGAACAUCAUCAAACGUGACCUGCCCGAGAUGGUGGUCGAGGAGUGCGACUGCCCGUAGCGGUCGCGUCCGUAGCCCGCCGCUAGCCGCGCCGCCCCGCCGCUCUCCGCCGCCGGCUCGCCCGCCGCGGCGCGCUUCUGCCGCUCUCGAAUCAGAUUUACUCCGAAUAAUAUUCUCGACUUGUGUAUAUUUUGUUCCUCGCGUUCGAAAAACUAUAUCCUAAAUCGAAUAAAUAAAUCUCAGUCUACAUAGGGUCGUUCGCGUUACCGUAUUGCAUGUUGUGUGUCGUCCAGCCACGCCUCGGGAUGACGCGUCCCGCCAGUGCCUCUAACACUUAGUUCGGUCGUGUUCUAGUUGCAGUAAACAAUGGACUGUCGCGCUGUUAGUUGUCGGUGCUCGGUGUCGGUGACUGAGUGCGACAUGCGACCGGAGUGCGGCGCGACAGUGCGGCGUGCGAUGCGAGCUCGCGAGGCCG